UAAGGGGCUACCAUCUUCUCUUCCAUCUUUCAUCAAUCAGUGAUAUUUAUUCCCAAGGAGUUCGUGAUUUCGGCAACGUAAUAACCAAGCCACGAAUGUCCCGAGAAACCCGAGUACCAUACUUAUAUUCUCUACUCUUCAGGUCUAGUGUACGAAGCGGAUCUUCAUAUGUAACUCAUCUCGCCAUCAAACAAUAUGGCUUCAACCAAAUUGGAACUUCACAUCCGGCUAUGCAUAGGUCCAAAUGCCAUUCCUGAUCCUAGAUAUCCUCUGGAUGGCGUGCUCCAAGAUUAGGUAUAUAAUGUGUUGUGAAUCGCAGUGGUUUCUUUCUCUGUGCUAUUGACUUUCAUCAUCUAGCGUUCUCCGGGAUCUCACGACAAGAUGCAAUUCAAACACUUCGUCUCUAUCGCCCUCAUCCUCUUCGAUGGAUCGAAAGCUUGUCUUCACGAGCACAUCCAAGUACCCGAACUACGAGAUGUAAAGGACGCCCUUCGCAAGAGAGACGUGCCAGCUCCUGUCAAAACCGCCAUCCAAAACGUACGAGUCUUCGAUGGCAACAUGAUAGGUAGACCCCAAACGGUCAUUAUCGACGGCGAAUACAUCACAGACAAUGAUGAGAAUAUCCAGCAAAUCAUCGACGCCGAAAAUCGCAUCCUUAUCCCAGGCUUAAUCGAUGCACAUGCACACGUCCAAUCCGUCGAAGGUUUGGAGAAUAUGACUUCCUAUGGUGUCACAACCAUCUUCAACAUGGCUUGCCCCAAUUACGACCUGUGUAACUCGCUCAAGUCAAACCCAGGUCUUGCUUCAUUAUUCGUUACAAUGCUCCCGGCCCUAGGACCUUCCGGAGGAAACACGAAGCUUAACCCGAUACCAUCCGAGCUACGCUUAACUCCUGGCGAGGAUCCCAACUUUCUCGUCGAUUACUCUUUCGGCAACGGAUCCAAUUUCUUCAAAACCGUAGGUGCCGUUGGAGGGCCAACCCAGGAACAGCAGAAUCAGAUAGUCGAAUACGCGCAUUCCUUAGGCCAUUUCGUCGUCACUCAUGCGCCGAGCGUAUCCUCGUACUCGGAAGCAGUAUCAGCAAAAACGGACGUAUUGCAGCACAUUCCCGACGACGGUGUAUUGUCUCCCUGCGUCUUCAAGUCAAUCAAACAACACGGUCUAGCCGCUACACCAACAGUCGAAAUCUUCCGCCGCGCAUACUUCGUACAACCGGAGAUCAUCGCAUUUCUACGGGGUAAUAACACAGCCAAUUCAUCAUACGACGACGUAACCGCGAACGUGAAGCAUCUACAUCAAAUCGGCGCGCCGAUACUAGCCGGGACGGACGCCGUUGGUAACACAGUCCCCGCGGUCUACUUCCCUUUUGGCGAGUCGCUACACCAGGAAUUGGUGAACUUGGUCGAUAUCGGCUUGACCCCCAUUGAAGCUUUACGCGCCGCGACAAUUGUGCCUGCGACGGUGCAUAGGUUGAACGAUAGAGGUGCCAUUCGGCCCGGUAUGCGCGCGGAUCUAAUCCUGCUUAACAGUAACCCGUUGGUGAAUAUUUCGAAUACUCGGGAUAUCGCGCGGGUUUGGGCUGGUGGUGUGCAAUACCGGAAUGUGGUGAAAUUGACAAGUACCUAAGCCACUAAAUUGUUACUAGCAGCGUGAAGCAUCUCGCCAUUUGCUUGUACAGUUGCCGUUUUGAUUUCUUUUCUUCCAGAGGUAACUAACUCUGAAUAGCCUACAAUUAAGAUAAUUCUUUCCUCGCAAUUCUUUGCUAAAUUGAGUA